AGAAGUCGUAGUACCUGCUGCUCAAGUAGGUGAACAAGAGCGAAAUGGAGUAGACGAGGAGGUUGUGGUCCCGGAGGGGACGGUUCUGAAUCUCCAAAAUCUUCUAUGACAGUGCACAACUCCCCCUCCCCCUCAUUUGUCAUGCAAAACCCCAAAUCCAAGGGCUUUCCUGUGGCACUGUUGGCAUCACAGAUUCCGGAAGCCCAAACAGUACUACACUAAGCGCAUGAACUUGUCAUGCACAUGCACCAGGUGUGGCUGUGUUUGUAUUGCUGUUCAUGCAAUACAAAUGAGGGGGAGGGGGAGUUGUGCACUCUGAUAUCUUCAACCACGUGGCCCUAAUCAUGAAGCGGACGACAAUGACGACGCUGCCUCUUCGGGAACGGCCUCGACCAAUCUGGACGCGAUUGAGGAUGGGCAGCAGGACAGAUUGAGCGACGCCAUGACCAGGCUGAGCUUGUCAAAACGGGGAAGCACUUUCGACUCCUUAUCGAAAGGAAAAAUCCCCCCUCCCCAAAUCAAAAUGAAAUUUCUGAUGCUGGAUUUGUGUACACAAAUCCGCGCUGUCUUGCUGGAGAGCACUGCAGGCCCAUACUAAGUGUGAGUAGAGAGGUUUUGGCCUGGGCACUUAGCAUGAAAAACAUCCGCGCUGUAGGCCCAACAGCAUGACAAACCGCCUGCACAGUGCGGCGGUUGUCUGUGGAGUUGCCUUCUUGCAAGACAGACACGAUUUGCGACCACAAAUCAGCAUCACAAAUUUGCAAAAGUUUUCUUUUCAGUAUGGGGAGGGGGGAUUUUUCCUAUUGAUACUCCUACGGCAGCAACAUGUCGGGUUUGAUGAGUGAUGAUGGGAACAGCCCUAUCCUAUGUAAAAACAUCCCCACCCCAGAGUUGUCAUGCAGAUUUGCAAUGACAAGAACAUUUGUGAUGCGCAUCCCUAUGAUGGGCCUUUCCAGUCGUGUUUUGGAAUUUGUAAUGCUGUAAACAGGAUACGUAUCUCGAUUUGUAAUGCGGCUGUCCUUGCUAACCUGCACUACACUACGGGCUGCAACUUGUCAUGCGUGGCGUCCAAAACUCCUGGAUCUGUGUUGCAGAGAUCCCAACUUAACUAUGGCGUGGGGACGUUUUUACUCAGGAUAAACCCCGGUGGUUAUCUCGGCAGGAACAAGAAGAGGAGCGAGAAACUGGCCGCCAGGAGAGGUGGCACCACGGGACAUGGCGAAGGAGGAGCUGCUAUCACCUGCAAAAGUGUCUGGGUCUGGAAAGAAUGGGAUUUGUGAUGCUACCUGUCGACCACACAAAAAUCUGUAUUGCAAGAGAGGCAAAGAAAAAACACUCAGAUGGUUGCCACCAGGAGAGGGCAUUUCUCAUGCAGUUUAGGCAUGAGCAAAUCUUUGCGAAAGCUGUGAUGCUAGAGAGUGCAUCAGAGGCAUCGGUGGAAGCCAUGUACAAUUUGCAUGACAAACUCCCAAUAAAUCUUCCAGACCCAGACAUAUUUGCAUUUGAUAGCUGCGUCGUCGUCCAUGGACCAGCGGCAAGAAAUUACGGUGGUCACCAUGAGUGACGAUCAGCUCGCCGCCGCCGGCAGGGCCGGGCUUCUGGGCAACUUAGAAGGCAUCGACCAAGAUCGGCCACCGUCUAAGAGCAGCAGCGGUAAAAAGCCGCUUUCCGGUGCAGGCGGGGGCGCUCGCACCAUUACGGAUGAUACGCUGAUGGACACGUAUGUGCUGGGCCACGCGAGCAGCCUCGAUGGGGGGUCGCAAGACCGAGCGCAUGGUGGGUAUAUCAAAUGCAAAAAUGUCUGGGUCUGGAAUGUUGCCGGGUUUGUCAUGCAUACUUUGUAUGACCCAGGAUGUCUGUAAUGCACGACCUACCAUCACAGACUUUUAGAACCCUUCCUGAUGCCUACCCCGCAUGACAAAUGCCCUCCCCGCGUAGCAUAAACUAGACUCCUCUUGCUGGUCAUGCAAUACAGAUUUUUUUAGAGUCCAAAGCCAGCAUCACAGGCUCCAACCUUCCAGACCCAGACACUUUUGCAUUUGAUAGGGUCCUCGCAAGACCGG